GAUGAUGAUGCUCCCGUACCGGUCCUUGCACGGGUACUGGCACCAUAUUCGUAAGCGGAACAAGACAAUAUUGUUGCUGCGAUUCUGAUUGCCUAAUCGAUUGACAAUCGACUACAUCACCACAAUUAUCGGUCGAUCGGUCAAUCGGUCAAUCCAAGAACUACUCAUUCGAUUGUUUGUUUCAUUGUCAUUGUCAGCAUUCAUUGUUGAACUCACUAAAGGACGAGCACUAUUCAAAUUGAUUAUUUUACAAGUAUUACACCUACUCGAUCACGUUUUCCAGUACUUAUCUCUGUUUUCCUUCGUCCGCACAAGACAGAGCACUUGUCAACCAAUAAAGACUUGCGAUUUUUACAUGGGUACAGAAGAUCAUGCGUACUGACCUCACUGAUCUCGACGACAGCACCAGCAUUGAGUUUAGACCUCAGGCCUCCCAUGACAAUGAAGGCAGCAGCAGCAGCAGUUUCUCGAAACUUCCAGGAUGCUCCCUUGUAAAGGCCACGGGAGCCGACGACAAUGUCUACAACAACUCGAGCGCUCUUUGGAAGAGCAACCACACGGUGGUCAUCGAAGCGGAUGAUGAAGAAGAAGGAUCAGUGGACAAGGACAACAAGGGUGGCAGCGAAAAACAAAGAUAUGACGAAGACGAGGAAGAGAAUGUUUCAAAACCUCCCGGAGAGAAAAAAUCGACAAACCAAAAACCCGAAAAAGCUUCUCCGAAUUGGUUCCAGAAAAUCCUCGGGGAAUCCGCCGAGCAAAAGGCAAAGCGCAUCGCCGAAGAAAAAGCCAUGGCCAAGCAAAAUGCUUCGAAUUGGGGGAGGGACAUUACCGAUGACGACGACGACGACGACGAUGACAGCAACAACUCUAUGGAGGGGGAACAGAACACCAAAACUAGUACGAGCAACAAGGAUCACAAAUCAAUCACGACAGCACAAACCGCUGGUCACACAGUGGCAACAGUAGCCACAAUCGGGACGGCCCUGGCAACCUUUUGGGAGCACACCAAGGCCAUCUUUGACGAUCCCGACGCCGAUCCUGAGCUCCGAAAGCUCAUAGAAACCAUUUCGAGGCUCCGGGCUGCUCGGGCAAGGCAGAAUCAGUCCAAUUCUUCGAGGAUUGACAAGAGUACCCUCACCUCCAUCAAGCAGCAGCAUCGGGUCUUACAGAGAAAACUGGGAAGGACUGCUUUUCGGUACCGGAGGGACCCAUUUGCCGCUUGUAUCCGCGAGGUGUACAGACCGGAAAUCCUGGAGGUAGUCCACGGCCGAGUCCCCGAGGACGAAGAAAAACGCACCGGGGAUGAUAUCGAUCUCGCCCCCGAACAAGACGCGGUUGACAAGCUCCUCGACUCGAACAACUUCGACUACGGAUAUGCGCCCGAAGACGAAGAAAAAGACAAAGAAAAUGCCAGCGAUGAAGAAAAGUCGUCACCUGACGACGAAAGCGAUGGUCGCGACAACUCGAACCGCAGCGUGGAGCACAGCUCGCUGAUCCCCCUCGAAACGAGGUUGCUGCGGGCACAGCACAACGAAUGGAUGACCCAGAACCAGAUGGAUCUCGCCCGAAAGGUCCAGAAGGAAGCCAUUGAAUACCUGUCCCUUGAGCUCCUCCCGGAGCUCAAACAGCAACAAGCAAGCACGAACAAAGACGACGAAGAACAAUCAAAUGACCACGAUUUGUACGCCAUGUUUUUGACUCCGGUUGGAGAAUGGAAAAGAAAGAUCGACGAAGCAAAGGCUUCCAACGAAUCGCUCAGGGAGGCCUACAAGGCCCACCUCGCCGCGCAGGAAAAACUCCUGGCGGCGUACAGGGAACAAUGCGGCGAAGAAAACGAGAUCGACGAGAACGGCAGCGUGGUCCAAGCCAACGAAAACGGAGCCACGGCGAUUUCCCCCCUGCCCUCUCCGGUCCUCGACGAGAAGAGAAAGGUCCGACCGGUAAACUGGGCCAAGAACCUGCAAACCUCCGUGCGGUCGCUGCUAGCGCCUCCCAAGCUUGCACCCGAAUUAAUCACCGACGAAGCCGGCGAAGACACCGGCGACGUCCCGGAAUCCAUCAUCACAACCGGUGGUGGCGACGAAACCGAUGAGGAAGGUGGGGAAAGCGACGAGAAAGAGGAAGCACCGCCUUCCCCACCAAAGAUCCAAUUGUCCAUCGGGCGGAGGAGUACGAAGGGUGUUGACAAGGGCGCCCUUCCGGGUCGACUCUCGACGUCGAAGUAAAGCAGCACACCGCAUUAGAACGGCGCGCACGACAGGGCCAAUCCAGAAGGGAUGGAGUAGAUGUUGCAUAGAUGGUGCUAUUUUUGUUAUUGUUUAGUUCCACGGUUGGAAAAUGUUGGAUGGAUCGUUCAUUCGUUCCUCUCGCCUUGCAUCGACCGACGAAGAAAGUGAAAGGAAUCGAGACACGUCCUAUACAAGAAAGUCUGUUGAUGGUUUUUCUCUUCGAAAGAUAUCCCAAACUAGUAAUCACCGCAAAGGGGAAUAUGAAUGAUAUUAUUUGUUACGAUGAAUGUUGUAUGUUUGAACUCUAAAAUAAGAAUGCUAGUAGAAACUCGGUGAUCUAGGGGUAAGAAUUAACACAGUGGGUACAU